AUGCCAGCGUUCGAACUGCGGUACGCUGUCAGCGAGACCCCGGUGCCCUCGCAUACUAGGCAAAUGCAGGAGACGGCGAUUACCGACCUUGCCCUGUCCAACGCCCUGCUGGUGGCCAAGGCCCUUAGCCUGACGGCCAGCGACCUGCUGCGCGAUGCGACGCUGGUGGAGACCGCGCGGGCUGAGUACACCGAACGCAUCGGCUAA